CCUAUACAUCUCAAACCUCACGAGUUCAAGAGAGCCGUUCAGAAGCAUGCUAGAUCACGUUUCUAUCUCACACCAGAGCGGGCUGAUCCUCUGGUCUCGGUCUUUCACCCCGACCUUCUCCGCACUCGCCUUGACGCCAUCAUCGCCUGUCAAUGCACUCAUCAAGGAGGCUUUUAUCGAGGGGAAAGUGAGGAAUGAGAGUGAGGGUAUCGAGCGAGAUGGAUACAGUGUCAGGUGGACCAUUGAGAAUGGCCUUGGGCUGAUCUUCGUGGUGGUCUUUCCCGCUCUCCUACCCUUGACCUAUAUCCCAGCCCUUCUCCACCGCGUCAAGCAGCUCUUCCUCUCGCUUUUCUCGCCAUAUCUCAGAUCCUUAGUCGAUUCUCUCACAGCGGGGUCUAUCGCAUUAACGGAGUCAUCUAGUCAAGCUUUAAAGGUCAUUCGGGAAAAGUUGGCAGAAGAGCGCUGGGAGAAAAUCUUUGACAGGUGUUUAAAGAGCUUUGAGGGUCAGGACUCUCGAAAGCAGGUCAAAUCGCCAGUUUCGCUGCGAAACCAGGCUCAAUUGGCCUCGGUGACGUCUGGUGAAUCAAGUCCAGCGGAAUCCGAUGAUAGCUCUGUUCCACUUAGCGCCGAGGAGAUUAGCAAAAAUGUCCAAUCGAUGAAGUCUCGGAUCAAGCGUGGUCGAGCCAGCAGAGGAGGCACGGCUUCGCCCGUAUCAUCCCCGAAGAAAGCGGGUGGAAGCAGUGCCGCUGCGUCCAAGCUUAUGCGGAAAUGGGGUGACUCACCAGUGACAAAGGAGGAUAUGGCAGCUUUGGAUUACUCUGCUCCUGCCCCUGGCGCGACGUCCAAAGGAGAGGGAGGAUUAUCAGAUAGUAUGUCUGGGCCUGUCGAUACCGAAGGGAUGAUCUCGAAUCGGGCGUUGGGCAAAAGGACAGCGAAUGGAUACGAAGUCGCCGAUUGGGACUACAGGGGAGACGAGGAUGAGCUGCCGACAGAGGACGAAAUUCUGGCGAAUGGGACUUCUAAAUUGUCCAUCGGGUCGUCAAGCAUUAGGGGCGACGAGACCAAAGCGGGGGACGAAGGAGGUGGACUCUGGGGCAACAUGUUUGCCAGAUUGACAGGUACAAAGGUCCUGACACAAGAAGAUUUGAAACCUGUCUUGGUCGAGAUGGAGAAGCAUCUCAUGGGCAAAAACGUGGCAAAGGACAUCGCGGAGAAGCUGUGCGACAGUGUUGGAUCAGCUCUUGUCGGCAAGAAGCUUAGCGGCUUGGCGAGUGUAAAGUCUGAAGUACAAUCUGCGCUAUCCGCUUCACUCACUCGCGUCUUGACUCCCAAAACAUCGACUGAUAUCCUCUUGGAAAUUCAACGCAAGCGGUCUCCCACAGCAACUAUUGCGACGCCUGAUGCCCCUCCCGAACCAUACGCCAUGACCUUUGUAGGAGUCAAUGGUGUUGGGAAAUCGACAAACCUGUCCAAAGUUUGUUUCUGGUUACUGCAGAACGGUCUUCGAGUCUUGAUAGCGGCUUGCGACACGUUCAGAAGUGGAGCGGUAGAGCAACUUCGGGUACACGUCAGGAAUCUUGGAGCAUUGCAGGAUGAAAUGGGUCUAGGGGAUGAGGAUGGAGGGAAAAAAAUUGAGCUAUACGAGAGAGGAUAUGGCAAAGACGCAGCGGGUAUCGCGAAGGACGCGAUAGCGUAUGCCAAGAGCCAUCGAUUCGACGUGGUUCUCAUCGAUACUGCCGGACGAAUGCAGGAUAAUGAACCGCUAAUGAGGGCGUUGGCCAAGCUCGUCACGGUCAACAACCCCGAUAAGAUCAUUUUCGUCGGAGAAGCUCUGGUCGGCAACGAAGCAGUCGAUCAAUUGACCAAGUUUGAUCGGGCCCUUAGGGACUUUAGUAGCUCUGGUAUAGGCGGAGCUCAGAGAAAGAGAGGCAUAGAUGGAAUCUUGUUGACCAAAUUCGACACCAUUGACGACAAGGUCGGUGCGGCACUAUCUAUGACCUAUGUGACUGGUCAACCUAUCCUCUUUGUCGGUUGUGGACAGACAUAUACCGAUUUGAGACAUCUCCGUGUGCCCCAUAUCGUCAAUGCCUUGCUGAAUUCAUAGAUGAUGACAAAUAGAAGAAGUAGUUGUAUAAUAUGCGAUCAUCUACGU